AUGGCACAUCUCGUGCGUCGCUCGCUCAUGCUCUCCCCGCUGUCGGGCACUGAGGAGGUCAUCUUGGAGAAUGCCGUCCCGCAGGCCGAGCUCAGCGUGGAAGAUCAUCCAAUAAACAGCCGCAAGAUCACGCUAAUCUCCCGCCUGCCGGCGUUCGUGAAGUGGAUGCGAAGUCGAGCUGCAUUUCGCCGUGCAGAGUACUUGACUGCACCUCUCGCGAGGAAUGUAGAUGCGCUGUUCCUACAUGAGCUGCCUGCUACAAGUCGCUUGUUGGCGUUAGUCUUCUCAAACACAACGUCCAAGCGGUGGUCCUGCUGCUUGAAGCACAUCCCGAACCAGCGCCAACCUGCCUCCAAUUCAACCCACAUAUUGUACUGGACUCACGUCUAA